UGACAUUUAUUGCAGUGGUUGUCGUUGUGUGAUAAGAGGAGGCGUAGGUGCUAGAUGGGUGUCUAGAAUCAUCAAUUUAUUUUUAAUUGCCCAUUGUUGGUAAACGUUAUCAAGACUGGGCGUACCGGAACCGCACAAUGUUCCCCAAUAGGUUCAAGUUGGGGUCAUCUCGGAACAGCGAAUGGAAGUGUUUCUAUUGUUUACAUGUCAGAACGGCGACUAUUCUGUUAGGGAUAUGGCACUUGAUACUGCAUGUGCUCGCGUUGGCCGUUUUGGCACUGUUGAUGCGUAAUCACAAUGUGAUUAUGCAAAGUGAGGAAUUCGGACAGAGCAACUUUCUACCAACACCUUUGAGCAAAGUUAAGGAUGAAGAUAAUCCCUAUUAUUUACCAACUACACAGGAUGGUCGUACGAUCUACUCAACGGAUAUUGACAUGGGCGCUUUGAUGACAAUAUGCACUUUGUCUAUCACUCUGUUGAUGGUCUAUGGAACCGUAAGAGGCAAAUCAACUCAUCUUCUCCCGUUCUUCUGUUUACAGCUGUUUGAUUUUGCCAUCACAACGUUAACCGCCACCGGUUACUUCUGCUAUUUGCGUUCAGUCCACCGCCUAGUCGCCGAACACUGGCACAACCUCCCCUUCCGUAACGAGCUCCUCAAGCUCAACCCCCAAUACUUAUCCCUGUUAGUCUUAGCCGCCUUCUUAAUUUCCAUGCUGUGGAAAGCCUACUGCAUCGGCAUCGUGUGGCGCUGCUACAAGUACCUCACCAUCCGCCAGCACUCCCGCAACAACACCAUCACCUACAUCCUCCCCGGAGAGGGCUCCGACCGGUUACCCGAACCUGACUACUCCACUUUGCUCCGCGACCAAGAGGCCGCGUUCGCCGGCUACGCCAAGCAGACUCCACCUCCGUCCUACCAAGAUAUCAUGGAAGAUCAACCCCCACCAUAUCCCGCGGUCCUCGUAAGCGAGGUCCACAUCCUGGCUCCCGGUACCUACGUGGUGGACGCCGUGCAACCUUCGCAGUCGGAAGAGUGCGACGAAGAGUGCAGAAAUGCAGGAUGCGCAGAUUUGGGCAAGAGGUGCGAGGGGGAGGCUUGUGGUAAAUAAGCCGUGGUAGAAGUAAGAUAGUUCUAAGAGUAUAUUUCGCAAAUAUAAUUUAUUAUCUUUCGUUGAUUGGUUUUGAUAUGGAGAUGUUUUGGGUAUGACGAUUACAUUUUUCGAUUUGAGUUCGUGUGUCUAGGGAAUGAUACCCUUGUAUGAACGACGGCAGAAUUUGUGCAUUUUAUAGACGGACGAUUAAUAGAGUUUAUUUUUGGAUGUGUUUACUCUUUGGUUUCUGUGCAAUUAUACUAAUAGAUAUAGUUACAUAUACAUCGUAUUUAGAUGACUGUAAGCGAGUUAGUGUGAGCCGUGACCAGUGAGCGGUUUGGAAGUUGCCGUGGUCACUUUACCUAGAUUAAUAAUCUAAGACUCCAUCGCUUGGAAAAGAUCAGAGAUGAUCCCGGCGGUUUUCAGGAAGGUGAUUUCACGUUUCUUAAAAGUCGCUUCUAGUUUUACUCUGAUCGGUUCCCUAGGGCUCAUAGGCGACGGACUACUUAGUAUUCUAUCAACUUUAACUACAUUCCACGUUUGUUUGUGUAAUAGAGCACCAUAGCGACAAUAUUGUAAUAGGUGUAUUGUCAAAAUUGAAUAUUGGUAACUUUCGCUCUUCUCUCUUUUAUCCGCAAAGUUUCGGAUGAAACGUCGGAAGGGCUGUUUAAUGAAUGUUCCCUACUCACUUCAUAUCCUAUUUUCCUAUUUCUAAACUAUCAAGUGUUAAGAUUAAGAUUUAUGUGACAAUUCUCCCAUUCUGACACGAAAGGAGCUAACAAAAUGUAUAAUUUAAAGAUGUUAAGUGCCACUGUUUUGAUAUUUGGUAGGGGUAAAAUCUGAAUAUCGAAACGUGGUACACAGUUAAUGUAUAGUGUUUUUUUUAUUUUCUUUUUUUAAACGAACGUCCAGACGAUCCCGUUUGGAACGGAUAGAGAAAGCUUUAAGUUUUUAGCAAUUUUAUUAGCGAGAGGGAAGUCUGGUUGCCGACGCAGCCUAUGAAUAGUCUAUUUGUUUUUAAUUUUAUCUAAAUCUGUAAUUCGGAUAUAACCUUAGUAAAAAAAUUAAAAUGUUUGGAA